AUGGCAGACCACCCAGAUGCUCUCUGCUCUCGUGAAGAGGCUGCGGAAAAGGCCACCGCAGUUCGUCAGGAAUUGAAGGUCUGGGAAAAAGAAUUCGCCGCUGCCAACGGUGGGCGCAAAGCCGGUCGCGACGAUAUCAAGCAAAACCCGCAUAUUGCCCAGAAAUACAAGGAGUAUGGCCAAUUAAAGAACCUCGAAGCCAAGCUCAAUCGUCACGCAAACAGACAAGCAGAAGCAAAACUGCCAGAGUCGCAGUCCAAGAAGCGAAAACAUGCGUCCCCAUCAGGUCCAGCAAAUGCGCCCCCCAAUUCAACGACGCCGCGCAAAUCAUCCAAGGGUCUCUUUGCGACCCCUCGCCACUCUCGCAGCGAGAUGACCCAUCCCUCCAAUCUAGACCCUUACGACUCCCCAUCUACCUUUCGCAAGCUGUUCAGCCCGAGUACACAUGCACAGAAUAUGCCGGCACCAUCACCACUCAAGGCUGCGAUUGGACCUACACCUCAGCGGGAUGGCAAAACUCUUGGACUCUUCGAUCUUCUUUCCGAGUCUGGUGGAAGCAACAAUGCCACCCCCUCCGUGAAUAGGCAGAAGGACGCCCUCGCCGCUGGGUUUCAAACACCAUCCAAACCAAAAACCUUUGAUCCCAUCAAGGAAGCCCCCGAAGAAGAAGAGGAAGAAUCGUCCCGAAUCACGAGAACCCCGGCAUCGUCCACCAAACAGUUCUAUCUUGCCAAUCUGUUCGCGACACCCACGACAAUGCGCUACGCGGCCAUGGUCGAGGCAGAUGAUGAGAAGGAAGUGCAAGCAAGUGCGAAUCAGAAGUCUAACGCGCACUCCCCGGAGACCAAUCACUCAGCCACACCGUCGUUUUUGCGCCGCUCGAAUUCCGGACGUUACCCGGCUCCAUCAAAUAAAGAUGGAUCUGGAUUAAGUCCCAUCAAAUCCAGACAGCCGGGUCGAUUUCAUGGCAAGGGCCUAUCAACAAUUGUGCAAGGUCUGCGAGACAUGGAGGAGGAACGCUUGGAUGCGGAAGAGGGACAAAUGGAUGAUGAUUGGGAGCUGAUGCGCGAACUGGAGGGCGAGGCAGACGGCUUUAGUUACCCCGUUCCAGAGGCCCACCCUCCACAAGACGCGCAACGACCUUAUAAGAAGAAGGGCCAGAAACGAACCACCCGGCGAGUCAUCAUGCGACCAGUGAUUCGUCAAGCGAAACCACGGCAAGCAAGCAAUGCGGCUCCUCAAGCGGAAGAAGAGAGUGACGACGAGCUGGCUGCGGACGUUGUCCCGGAGACACUAGUACAAGCUCAUUCGGAUGAAAUUCCCCAGGACGUCUUGGACGCCGAUGAGGAGGGGGAUGAGGUCGCCUCAUUGCAUAACAUGUCCGAGCCCGAUCCAGAUUCCGACGGCGACCCUGAAUAUGGCGAACAGACGAAGCCUGUGCCAAAGCCCAAGAGCUUUUCUGAUCGCCUGAAAGAAGCGGUCUCUAAGGUCAAGCCAACAUCUAAGGAGCCCGCGCCGGUUCCUGUCAAGUCCGCUCCAGCAACGGAAGAGAAGAAGCCGAAGGAACGAAAGGUCAACCCUCAAACCCACGCAAACUAUCGGUCAUUGAAAAUCCACAGGGGGUCUCGGGGUGGUGGGCGCUUCCGCCGCAAAUAG